CGCUGCCGGUGCAGGAGGACGAUGGCGCGGUUGCCCGUGGCGACCUGCCUCACGGCGCUGCUGUCGCUGCUGGUCUCCGCGCCGGGCCUGCUGUCGUGGGGCGCGGGCGGCCCCAGCUCGGCCUUCCCGCUGCGGCCCGAGGCGGUGCGGGAGGGGCAGGUUCAUCGGCUGGUGACCUACAUCUUUGUGUAUGGGAAUCCCAUCUCCUUGAUCUGCGGCGCUGUCAUCAUUUGGUACUUCUCCGGCAGCUUUGAGAAGACCGUGGGCACGGCGAAGCACUGCUUCCUCACUCUGGCCUUCGCCGUUUCCUUAGCUCUGCUCUACCUCCUGCUGCGGGCCAUCUUCUCUGGGCGGUUUGAGGUGGCGGAUGCGGAGGGAUUCGCACCUGUGGCUUUUGCCAUGCUGGGCGCCUCCAUCGCCCGCUCCCGGAUGCGGAGGACGAUGCUCUUUGGGCUCAACCUCCGCGUGGCACUCAUGCCGUGGCUCCUGCUUGGCGUGGCUUGGUUCAUUCCAAGCUCCUCCGUCCUUGGGAACGUCUGUGGCCUCUUAAUCGGGAACAUUUAUGGUUACGGCUACUGCUUCGGCGUGGAUCUCCCCGAAGCGACAGCCAUUCGCCUGGAUCAGAAGUUCCCUUUCCGGCUGUUGAAGAGAAUACCAGGCCUGAAGUACAUUCCGGGGUCUCUGGCGGAAAGGAGGGCUUCUCAGACCAAGAAGCUAAAUCCAGUGCCGGGUUCUUACCCCACUCAGAGCUAUCACACUUCCCCUCCUCCUGCCUUGCUCGUCGUCCCUUCACAACACCCCAACGUGCACGCCCCAGUACCUGGGCCGCCGUGCGCACCGGGCCCUGCGCCACAUCAAACUCCUGCUGCCUUCGGGGAGCCAUGCGCCGAGAAUCAUUUCCACGCGCCACCGGGAUCCUCCCCUGCUCCUCAGCAUCCCGGUGGGUCCGACUGGUGGAUGGCCAGGAGGACAGAUGGAUGUGGCACCCACCAAGCGCCUGGAUUUCUAGCUGCAGGGGCCGCCUCGGAACCAGCAGAGCUGUGCCGGGUUCAUGUCGGCAGCUAAAAUUCCCAGACGGUGUUGGGGUUCAUGGGAGGGCCAACAAAAGUUGUCCCUCUGGGGCAGGAGCCCCCAAAGAUUUCUUAAUGUCCCUAAACAGCUGGGGCUGAACAUACCAAAGACUCCGUCGCUUCUCCCGUGUUCCGUGGCAUCUCGUUUGGAUCAAGUGACGAUGCCCUCUUGACUCUUCCCUCUGUGCAUUAAAAUCGAGAGACCCGAAGGGAGAAUGCACACGCCCGUGCUUUCAUCUCCUUGCCAAAGCCAGGUUCGAGCAAUCUCGUCGGGUGUGAUGGAGCGUCGUGGAGGCCGCCAUCCGUCGGAGAUGCGGGCUGGGGUGGGAUCCAGAUGUUGACAUUUUUAACUGCCUCUUUCUGUGUGUGUCGUAAAUUGUUAUCUGCUGUCAGCCUUUUGGAAUGGGAUGGCACGGAAGGACGUCGGCCACAGCCGGGUUGAAUCGCUUGCAACGUUCUUUUCCGCGUCACUCAUCCUACCCUGGGGUGCAGGGGCCUGUUAAACGCUGCCCCCUCCUCCAGCCAGGGAGUACAGCUUAAAGGUGUGGUUUGUUUUUUACCGAUGGAUUUUCCAAGCUGCUGUGAUUUCUUACUAUAAUAAUAAUAACAAUUAAAAAAACUACUUUGAGCUAAAGGUUGGGUUGAAUUGUUGUAAGCUGCCCAGAGAGCUUUGGCUGUUGGGCGCUAUAGAAAUGAAAUAAUAAUAAUA